GCGAGGCCGCACUCCCCAUAGCAGCCAUGGACACAAACAAACACGAAGGAGGGACUGAAAGUGUGCCUGUGAGUACCCCUGCAACACAGAUUUCCCAGUUGCAGGCAUUGGCCUCUGAGCUGAAGGCUGGUUUCACAGAAGCAAUGCAGGAGCUGUCACGCAUCCAGCAUGGAGAGUAUGCCCUGGAGGAGAAGGUCAAGAGCUGCCGCUGUGCCAUGGAAGAGAAGGUGGCCGAGAUGAAGAAUUCCCUCAACACGUUCAAGGAGGAGCUCAGCGAUGCAAAGUCAAUGAUUGAAGAAAUCAGUGCCAAGCAAGAGGAAAUGCAACAGAAAAUUGAGCAGCUGCAGCAAGAGAAGCGGCGGGAAUCACGGAAAAUGAAAGCUAAGAGAGCACAGAAGGAUGACCACGGGUCACAGACAGUGCCAACACCUCUCCAGGGCAGCCCGUUCCGAUCCAUCAACCUCCCAGAACCUGUGCUGAUCAAUGAAGAUUUUACAAGUCUUUUACACAAUGUGACUUAUGAAAAAGUGUCUGACACCAGGAUCAUGCCCAUGGGAGAAGGAGGUGUGAAGGUCAUAGCAGGCCCAGGAGCAGCCAUAGAGACAGAUGACAGCCUCAAGCCUUCCCUGGCAACAGAGGGACAGUCAAAAAUGCAUCUGCCAUCAACAGUGUGGAAGCAGCCCAAGGACACCAAGGACUGGGGAGAUGAAUACAUUUCCAAAGAGCAACCAGAGAGAGGGAAGGACAUGGGCCAGAGCAGAUACAGCUCAGCAGACAACAUAAUAUGUGAACCCUCUUUGGCUGCCAAAAGGCAGAACAUCGCCUUGGAGCUGCUGGAGUCAGAAAGAAAGUAUGUCAUCAACCUUUCCCUCAUCCUGAAGAUCAAGGCCACACUGCAAGGGCCAGAUGUGAAAAGAAGCACCAAAGAGAGAAGCUUUUUCCCCAACUCUUUGCGGUUCCUGGUGCAGCAGCACGUGGAUUUACUGCACGCUCUCCAGGAGAGAGUCCUGAGCUGGCCACGACAAGGGAUCCUAGGAGACAUCUUCCUGAAGCUGACAAAUGAUGAGAAUAAUUUUCUGGACUACUACGUUGCUUACCUGAGGGACCUGCCAGAAUGCAUCUCUCUGAUCCACGUGGUGAUCCUGAAGGAGGUAGAAGAAGAAAUCAAGUCUGAUCUCUACAUUCUGUUCUUUCAUAUAGUCCAGCGAAUCCCUGAAUACCUUAUUCAUUUACAGAAUGUCCUGAAGUUCACGGAGCAAGAGCACCCUGACUAUUACCUGCUGCUGGUGUGCGUGCAGCGCCUCCGCGUCUUCAUCUCACACUACAGCCUCCUCUUCCAGUGCAAUGAAGACCUGCUGAUACAGAAGAGGAAAAAGCUGAAGAAGUCAUCCCUGGUGAAGCUGUACAAAGGUCUCACCUCCCAGUGCACAAGCCAGGAGGUUUCUCCAACACCCAGUGCAGCAUCAAUGCGGGACAGUGGCAUCCACACUGAAGAGGCCAUCCAGUCAUUCCCAGCAGCACCUUCCUCUGGCACAACCACCCCGCAUUUGAUGCCGCAGAUGAAGAAACCGCAGCCGACAGUGAUGGAGAACAUCCAGGCUGUAAAGCCCCCUGACUGGGAGAUGGAAAGCAGAAAACACGAGAGGCCAGAGAACAUCCUUGCCUCUUCUCAGCUGACAGAGCAGGAACUCAAGGCCUUGACAGCCCCCUUGCAAUCCAUCCCCGAAAUGGAGUACGAAGCGCCGCCGGCUGACGCGGUGGGGAACACCGAGAGAGCCAUCAGAACCUCCGUGGAGCUGCUGCAGGAUGCCAGGAACUUUGCACCAAGCUACGAAGAGUUUGACUACCCUGGGGAGGUUUUCACCAUGCCAGGCCCCUACGAAGACGACACCUUCCAAAACCUUGCUCUCUUUGAGAACUGCUCCCCGGCCUCUUCCGAGUCCAGCUUGGAUAUUUGCUUCCUUAGGCCUGUGAACUUCACCUCAGAACCAGAGAGGACAGACCAUGCCUUGCAGCCCCUGCCUAAGAGCUGCACUCCCGUGAGCAGCAGCACCUACAAGCGUGAGAUGUUCCACAGCAAAGGGAAGCAGCUGAGCAGGUCCCUGAAGGAGCUGCCGCGCAGCGCGGAGGGCGUGAGCACCAGACUCUACAGCACACGGAGCAGCAGUGGGAGCCGUCUGCAGCAGAAGCAGGACAGGAAUGUUCAGCCUCACAUGAUCUCAGCCUCAUCCCGAAGCUCCCAAAGGAGCUACUUCCCCCCACAGAGAGGAGCGGGUGAAAAACCGAGCUUUUUGGAAGUAAGGAGGGAGCUCCAUGCAGAAGACAACACCAGGUUCUGCCAGAAGGAUGACAAUGAGCAAACAUCCUUCAGCGACCACAACCCGCGGCACGAGCCCAAGGGGGGGUUCCGGAGCUCCUUCCGCAAGCUCUUCAAAAAGAAAUAAGCAGCCCCAAGAGAGGCAGGCCACAGCCAAAGCACAGCAGUGCUUCCCCAGGUCCCCGGGGGUGGAGACAGAGAGCAAGG